CUGUAAUACUCAAAUAUUUCAAACUGUGUAAGGUGCAUAAAAAAAGAACCGCAAAAUAAGAAAAACGCCAUAUACAUACGAGUACAUACAUACAGUCGCGUGUAAAAACUUAGAACCCAACAAAUUGUUGGCGACAUUAAAUUGCCUGUCGUGUCUUAUUUGUACAUAAUACAUACAUAUGUACAUAUGAACGUAUAAUACACAGCUUCAAAAAAGGCCUACACGCUUACUAAUAACAAACCGGCUUUUGUCGAUGACGUAGCAAGGUGAAUCGGCGCACACACAGUGAAAACGAAUAAAUGCUUAUGACGUGAACUUAUAAUGUAUAUGCAUACAUAUGUAUGUUCCAGUGCGCUAGCUGAGACGAAGCUAGAUCAUUAAGCAUUUUUUGAUAUAAACACAUACAUACAUACAUGCUUAUAUGUAUAAAACAGCAAAAACAACAAAUAAAAAUAGUUUUUUUUCGCAUUUUCUUUUAAAUAUUUCGUAACCGACAGUCUGUGUUGUCGCUGAGAAAGAGCGCCAAAAGAGAUCGUAUUACAAACAUAAAAUAGACAGAUUAAAUAAAAACACACACACACACAUAUAUACAAUAUAUACAUAUGUACAUAAAUAUAUUCAUAUUAGAAAAAAUAUUAGUGGAACGCGUUGCGCUGGUGGUUGUGGCAAGCGCGAUCAGUGAUUAAGUCGAUGACGUUGCAGAUGACAGCAAAAACAACAACAACAACAGCUACAACAAAAGCAAAUAAAGCGCCUGAAAAUAUGAUAAAAGUGGUGACGAGAACGCCAGCAGCAAAAGCAACAACAACAAAAUUAGCUGUAACCACAACAACAACAAUAAAACCAACACUAUCUAGAAUGUCAGUAGCAACGAACACAACCACCGAUAUGCAUUUUAAAGCCGCAAACAGCGAGCGCAAGCGCAGCUGCCACACGGCGCCGCAAGUCAUCAGCUGUUGCGGUAAUAAUUAUCAGCAAAAGAAUGAUAAUAAUUAUCAAAAAAAUUAUAUUAAUGAUUAUCAAUAUAAAAACAAUAAAAAUUAUCAACAUAAUAAUGAUGCUCAUAAUGAACAUAACAACGAUAAUAAUAAUGAGCAUAAACGUAGCAAAAAUCAGCUUAGUCAGAAUAAUAAAAACAACCACCGCAACAAUUACAAUCUUCCACCGUUAUUUGCAUUUAACCGGCAUCUAGUUCAUGCCACAUUUCUACUACUAGUCUACGCCGUGUGCAACUGUUGCGCCGGCGCUGUUGACAGCUAUGAAAGUUUAGCUUACGCGCCUGCUGAGCCACGCCCAUUGCAGCGGCGGCACACGACGGCGAUCGUUAAGGACAACAAUGCCGCCACAGACGAUGCGAAUCUGGUUUUCGUGUAUAAAUGCUGUGAAAAAUUCGAAAUUCAUGUGGACGGCCUGUGCACGCAGGUCAAUGAGAGUGAGUACUUCCAACCCAUGUUCACCGACUAUCAGGGUGUACACAAUGUGCCGGUGAAAUUCAAGUUCGUUAUUGGCAUACCGGCUUGUGGCACGAUGCAGUCAUGGCCCAUAUAUCAUUACCAAGGUAGCGCUGAUCAGCUGGUGCUUCUGGACGAUGGCAAAUUACGCCACUACACCAACUCUAAUGAGGAAGAGGAUGAGCUGUAUGAGCACACAGACUACGAUGCAGAUUUGGAUGAUGAACGGAAGUCACUCUUUCAUGAUUAUGCGGCGGGGCAAUAUUGCAUAGAUAAGGCCAUUUCUACAACGGGUCAGCAUAAACAAGUGCUCUAUGCGAACAUUUGUUUGGCGAAACGCGAAAUUAAAUGGUCGGAUACAACAUUUUUACUGCGUAAAGUAAUAAAUCCCAUUUUGCAUGGCAUAUCCUUGAUACUUUUACUGCUCAUAUCGAUUAUCUACUUUAUACUGCCCACAUUGCGUGAUCUGGUAGGCAACAUUAUAACCACCAUAGCGGUGUGUAUGAUGACGGUGCAGGCGGCGGACUUUGUGCGCAUCUUCACGGAGUUCUCCAACCACGUCAGCUUCAUUGUGGCGGAUAUUAUACUGUACAUCAGCUUGCUGGGCGCCUUCUUUUGGCUUAAUAGCUUCGGUUAUUACAUUUGGAAGACGUUCCGUUCACGCAAUGUCUUCCUGCGCGUCACCGAUGGACGCAAAUAUUGCUAUUAUUCCGCAUAUGCUUGGGGUUUGACUGCGCUGAUGGCCGCUUUGGCGGUAUUUGCGCAUUUCUUUCUCGACGCCGAUUCGUAUAAGGAACAAAAUGUUAUUGGCGAUCAGCAGACAAUCGGUUGGCUGGGCAUUUGGAUAUUUUUUGCGCCCAUCGCGUGCAUAAUACUAAUCAAUAUCUUUUUCUAUGUGACCACAUUGAAAUUGAUCAAUCGCAGAAAUGUCUAUGGACGCAUACAACACAAGCUGCGUGCGAAUUUCAUUAUGUUUUCUUGGAUGCUGCUAAUCAUGUCGAUUGCGUGGCUCUUCUUUGUGCUCUCGCUGAUGCCGUACGAAGGCCUACUCUACGCGCACAUACUAGUCAAUGCUGCGCAGGCGCCGCUGCUACUCUACAUAUGUGUGUUGCGUCAGAAACACGUUACAUUCCUGUUGAAAAAGUCAUGCUGCUAUAAUGAACCGCCAUCGGCCAAUGAUUGGGGCGAUGAAAUGCAUUAUAUGAAUUGUAAUGAUUACUGAGAUGAGGCGCGCGUUAAGAACGCGCCCAAACAAACGCAAGCAACGUUGGCGCAGCAGUCAACGUGUAUAUUCCCCGAUGGCAUACCCAUCGUGCCAGUGACUGUGUACCGGCACACGUCGGUGUAAAUGGAUUCAAUGGAAUACCUUGGAAAUUUGUGUGUAUUGGUGUUUUGCUGUUAAACUCUGGAGUCUGAUCAAAUGUUUAGUUGUAAGAUGGAGUAAAUCAAUACAAUUGUACAACACUAUACCAAUAAUAACUGAACUCUCAUUAA